GGAAAGACUAUCCUUAACCUCUUACUGCAGGAAUCUACCAUUAGCAUCUCCAACAGAUCAAAAUGACAAUUUACGGAAACCUAGUGCUCCUUGCUCUAAGAAAAAAAAUGUUCACCAAUUACAAAUAAAUUCACACAUGUUUUGUAAAGACGACUUGGUAUGAUUCAAAUUUUUUAAAUGCGUCUGGAUAUUCUCAACCAAUGAGAAGUAACGAAUAUAUCCGUGAUGCCAAAGCAUAGCUGUAAUAUAACUUCUGUCACGGGUUACAACACAAAUGGAGUGCAUGUGUGUUCGUGUUUCGGCUCCCAGCCGCCACGACGACCCACUGCCGGGUUCAACGAAGCCCUUUAAAUUUAACACUUCCACGGAAAUAAUAACAAUUAAAUAACAUCAAUUGAAAUGGAUAAUUUAAUUAUAUUCGUGGGGGCUGUGCACUUGUUGUACUGUCCAUUCACCAAAGUGGAGGAAUCCUUCAAUCUUCAAGCCAUGCACGACAUUCUGUAUCAUGGCUAUAACCUGACCGAGUAUGACCAUCACGAAUUUCCUGGAGUCGUCCCAAGAACAUUUCUUGGCCCCCUCAUGAUAUCUGGAUUAUCAUCACCUCUUGUUGCUGCCGUGACACAUUUUAAUUUCAACAAAUUCUGCAGUCAAUACAUAGUCAGAGCGGUUUUAGGACUAAUUGUUAUCGCAGCUCUCCGACUAUAUCGACAAGCGCUUGAGAAGAUAUUUGGGGUGCAAUUCACAAAAUGGUUCGUUGCAAUCACAGUGACACAGUUCCAUUUCAUGUAUUAUUUGAGCAGGCCUCUGCCAAAUAUAAUGGCAAUGCCCUUAGUUUUAUUAGCCUUAUACGGAUGGUUGAAGCAGAACCACAUAAUCUUCAUAUGGUCAUCAGCAGCAGCAAUAAUAUUAUUUCGUGCUGAAUUAUCGAUGCUUUUGGGAUUAUUCCUCCUAUACGAUAUAGGUUACCAGAAAUUGUCAGUGCCAAGAUUAUUCAAAAUCGCAGUUCCUGCUGGAAUUUUCUUUUUAGCACUUACGAUAGGAGUGGAUUCCAUAUUUUGGAGGAGGAUUCUAUGGCCAGAGGGGGAAGUCUUUUAUUUCAAUACCGUACUUAACAAAAGCAGCGAGUGGGGUACAUUACCAUUCUUCUGGUACUUUUAUUCAGCUCUGCCACGAGGUCUCGGCUUCUCCAGCCUUCUGGUGCCUCUGGGAAUGCUGUGGGAUGCUCGAGUAAGAGCCCUAGCAGUCCCUGCAGUAAUCUUUAUCCUCUUGUUCUCCUUCCUCCCCCACAAGGAACUCCGUUUCAUUAUCUACGUAUUUCCCCUCCUCAACAUUGCAGCUGCCUCUGUUUGCCACAGGAUCUGGGAGAACCGAGGGAAAUCCACUAUCUGGCUUAUACUCUCCUUGGGCAUUAUCGCACAUCUUAUUCUCAAUACCAUUGGCUCGAUGUUCUUUCUGUGCGUGGCAGGCUCCAAUUAUCCAGGAGGAAUGGCCAUCAUGAAGCUCCAUCGACUCGAAAGGGACACCAAAUCCCCACUGAAUAUUCAUAUCGACGUUCUAACUGCUCAAACUGGCGUCUCUAGAUUCACUCAGUUAAAUCCAAAAUGGAGUUACUCGAAAUUAGAAAAUAUCAGUUAUGAUGAUCCAGAGGCCCUUCAGCAAUUCACUCAUCUGUUGAUGGAAGCCAAGAGCAAGUAUUCACCGAAUAUAAAACCUUAUCUCAGAACUCAUGAUAUUCUUGAUGCUGUUGAUGGAUUCUCUCACAUAGCUCUCAAUUAUAAUAUGAUUCCUCCAAUUAAAAUCAAAACUAAGCCGACUAUUUUCAUUAUGAAACGAAAAUCAAUCAUUGGUGGAGUAAAAGAGAGAUACAAAGAAUUUGAAAUCAUUCCUGAGGAGAUAGAGGACUUUGAGAAGAUGGAUGAUCAGAAAGACGAGAUGGUGGAAGAGGUGGUGGAAGAGGCCGAAGAACAGCAAGAGGAUUAUUUGGAAAAUCAAGAAAUAAAGGAGGACCAAAAUUGUUCUGCAGAAGAAUUUUCAAAUUCUAUUCAAGAGGAGUCUUUAGAGCAGAGUGAAGAGGUUGAUGGACCAUCGAUGACUGAAGACUCCAUUGCUGAUGAAUAUCUUCAAUACGAAGAUGAUAACUCAUUAGUAUUUGAUAAAUUGCAGAUGAAAGGUUCUGGAGGUUUGAAAAUCGAUGAUAAAUCGAAAAAAAGACCCGAAACCGUUGACAGAAAGAGUAAUAAAGUAGAAAUGCGAGUGCUGGAAGCAAAAUUGGAGGAAAUUCAAAGGGAAAUUAACGAGAAACGACAAAUGGAAAUCGAAAAAAUUGUGAAAAUUGAGAGAAAAAUUCUCAAGAAGUCUGACGAUAUUCCAGAUUCAACCCUGGAAAUAGAAGAGAGAGUAAAAGUUGAAAAGAAAAUUCCAAAGAAGUCGGAGCCAAUAGCAGAAAGUUUGGAAGUCAUUAAAAAAUUACCACAGGUUGAAGUUAAGGUUUCGAAACUUGAGAGAAAAAUUCAGCAAAAAAUAGAACAGGUUUCAACUGAGGCUCCUGAACCUAUUAAAGAAGAUAAUGGGCUCAAAGUAGCAAUUAGAAAAUUAAUUAUGACGAAGAAAGAAGAAUUAGAAGCAAAAGAAGAGAUGAAUUCUCAGAGCCUUGAAGAUUCUUCAAAAAUUGAGCCGAAAAUAAAAAGAAAAAUUACAGAAACUGUGUCAAAGCCAGUGCCAGUCAGCAGGAAAGACUCUGCAGAAUUCCAAACAAGUCCACAACAGAAGAAAUCUGCUGGAAUGAAGGUAGCAACUGUGAAGGAUAGCAUCAGAAACAUUAUAAAUCAGUUCAAGGAGUUUGAGAAGGAUUUAGCGUCUGAAGAUCCUGAGUCGAUGAGGAAGUGGUCUUCAGCGGAUUCAACUGCUGAUUCUUCUCCCGAUUCAGCUGAGGGGCUUGAUGAAGUAGGUGCUGUUUCUCUUGAAGCCAACUUUUACCAAGUUGAUAAGUUAAUUGUCGAAACUGACGAUCCAAUUGUUCUCAAUGAUGCCAAAAAGAGCCUCAAGGAGAUUAUUGAUCAAUUCAGAAUUCUGAGGAGUGAACUGUCAAUUGAAGGUGAAGAUAUGUUCGAGGAAAUUUCUGAAAAGUUUAUGGAACGACCAAUUUCCGAGACUCUGAUGCAUUUUAGCGAAGCUCUUACGGAUUUGAUGAACAAGAGAAAAGAGAAAUUGAAGAAAAUCGAUGGAAACUGGAGGAAAAAUUUGGGAAAUGGGGAGAGGAAGAACCUGGGGAAGAGGAGACAGAAGGGACAAGAUGGAAACAGUGAUUUAUGAGAAUGUUCAGACCGCUGGACCGUUUUUUCGUUCAUUUUUUAUUCACUGAAAGAGCAUAAAAAUUUUCAACAGACGAGAGAGAAUUUACAUACGUGGGUUUUCAUAGGAUUUUUGUACUCGUUGCCAAAGGCUUUUGAGCCUUCAGCGAGUGUAACGCACUGAUGCGUUUGGAAACUACUACUUUUAUUGGCUAUUGAAGAGGAAAAUCUAAAUUUUUUAACUUAAGGGUGACGAGGAUUUCUACUAAUUCAAGAGAUUAUUCAUGGAGUGAAUAAUUUGAGACAAAAAUCUCGAGAGUCUUUCCUCGCAAUAAAUUUGCUACAAGAAAAUUAAUUGUAGUGUAAACAACACCAGAAUCAUUUUAGUAUUCUAAUUUAUUUUUUUUUCGCUAAUGAAGAAGCUCUCAUGUAUCUCCCUUUAUGAUUGUGAAUCAUAGAAAAGAUUUGAAUAUUAAUGGUUGACUGCUAAUGGUCACGGCUGUUAGUCAUUGGAAAACGCUAGAUAUUGAUAAAUAUUUAGUUUUUCCUCUCCAAUAACAUUGGGUUAAUAAGUACGUUGCUUGCUGUGAUAUCAACCCAAGAUUACAAAUUACAUUGAAUGGUUGAGAGGAACCAACACACGUUCUAUACUGGACUUUUGCAUUUAGAUACAGAGUCGAUGUUUCGUGUGCUCAAGUGAUUUCUUUUUUUGAAGGAAUCGUCUAACGAGUUACUAGAAUAGGUGGAACGUCUACAUGUGCCUUAUUGAAUCUUCCCGAAUAAAUUUUAUUAUAAAUUACAAA